UGAUGAAAACACAUAGUUUCUGAAUAAUGGUUGAGUUCUAAUGAUGAAAACACAUAGUUUCUGAAUAAUGGUUGCACUUAACACAUGACCAGCAAACGAGAAUAUUUUACGAAGUUGGAUUCUGCCAAAGGAACUGUGGCAAUUGAAGCUCCCAAAGGUACUAAAUUUAUUCAAGAUGUUUUGUUGGUACCUGAUCUCGACCAAAAUCUUUUGAGUGUUGGACAAAUGCUAGAAAAAGAUUAUAUGUUACUGUUCAAAGACAAAAAAUGUGUUAUUUCUGAUUCUAGCGGCCAAGAAAUGAUUACAGUUGAAAUGAUAAAAAGAAGUUUUCCUUUGAAUUGGAACUCAAAUUCUGAGCAAGUUUGUCGAAGUAGUCAAUUUGACCAGGUUGUUGUGACCACCAAGCACAACGAUGACGAUUUUAUUUUUUAUUCUGGAAAAAUUGAAAAUUGCUGUGCGACAAUGAACGUUGAAAUCGAACAAAUCACUUCUCAAGAAAAUCCUCAAAAGCUUCAAAACAAUAAUGAGGCUAUCACUAAGGAUAAUCCACAUACUGUAGCUGGGACCAUAGCGGGAUCUCCAGACUCUGGCAAUAACAAUAAUUCCAACUCAGACCUCACAUUUCAUGAAGAUCAGAAUGACGGAGAUGAUGUGAUGGAUGAUUGCGAUGACGUGUCAAACUAUGCUGAACGGUACAAAUGCAAAAACUGCAAUGAGAAAAUAAGAGCUUGGAAGAUGUUCAUUAUGAAUAACUGUGAGGAGCUUAUGCCCGAGUAUCUUAGAUUUGUGAAGGGUGUUGUGGACUCUGAUUAUUUGUCUCUCAACAUCUCUCGUAAGAUGCUACAAAAGAACAAGAUUCUCAAGGUGAUUAGGAAUAACCUUGUGAAAUGUUUUGAGAUGUUCAAUGAAAUUGCUGAGAACAAGGAGGGAUUAAAGCUCGAUGAUAUAUUUACCAAAGCUCUUCCAAAAGAAACUCUUCGUGAACAACUUGGAGUUACCAGAAAACAACUCAAGGAGGAGUGUUGA